GCUCCUUUGGGGUUUCCGUGCCCGCGUCGCCGCUUUUUUGCCGGGCGCCAUGGCUUCGGUGUUCAGGGCCACCAAGGCCAUCGCGGAGGCGGCCAAAAGGAGCUCGGAGGAGGCGCUGCAGCGCCUGGCGCUGCUGCGGCGCUCCAACGUGGAGCUGGACUCGGCGGCGCACCACGCGGCGCUGGCGCCGCGCGGCGCUUGGCGCGGCGCGCAGCGCCUGGCCCGGCGCAUGGCGCAGGAUGGCAUCUCCUACAACUCCAUUACCUUCACGCUGCUGCUGGGCGCAUGCCGCAGCGGGCGGCGCUGGCAGCAGGCCUCCGCGCUGCUGAAAAAUGCGGAGGAGAUGCGCACGCGAUUGGAGGUGAAGGCCUGGAACGUGGCGCUGGGCAUUUGCGCUUCAGCAGAGCACGCGUUUCAGCGGCUGCGGCAGAUGCGCGGCGCGAUGCUAAGGCCGGAUGAGGUCAGCUACGGGGCGGUGGUUACCAGCUGCAGC